AUGAGGAUCCAGUUUGCUUUGUUGCUGCUGCUUUCUGUGCUCUGCAUCGCCGCUGCUGAGAAUGAUCACGACAAGUUUAUCAGACAGCACGUCAUUGACAAGAUGGAAGAGGGCGAUUGUACUACUGAAAUAAACAGAAGAAACAUCAAAAACAAGGCGGGCAAAUGUAAAGAGAUCAAUACCUUCAUCCUCUCUAACAAGAGCGCAAUCAUGGCCGUCUGUAUGAAAGGAGAGCCGUAUGAAGUUAUAGUUAACAAAAUUUUGACAUCAAUGACCAAAAGCACGACCAAGUUCUCAAUUAUCAAAUGCAAACUGAAAAACCAGAAAGCCAGCCCUCCUAAGUGUCAGUACGUGGGUACACGUGGCCAGAGAUCUAUUAUAAUCAAAUGUGACAAAGAAGGCCAUCCUGUGCACUAUCAAGGGGACAGCGGGUUGUGA